CGCGAGCCGGAGAGGGAGGGGGGGCGAUGAGCGUCCUGCUCCCCAACAUGGCUGACUUUGACACUAUCUAUGAGCUGGAGGAGGAGGAAGACGAAGAGGAGGAGGAGUCCGAGACUGUGGUGAGGAGUCAGGAGCUGCCGCGGCUCCGGGACGCGCCUGAACCCGUGGCUGUGAGGGGCGCCGGGCAAAUCACUGUGUAAGGAACCUGGGGAGGGGGUGACGGGGAGAGGGAGAGGGCGGCUGCUGGCUGACGGAACUGGGCAGGGGGCGGGGCGAAAGGGGGCGGGGCGAGGGAAGAAGGGGAGGGCGGCGGUGACGCGGGUGAGGGUUGUGGGGGAGGAGGGGUUUGGGCUCGCUGGCUACAGGCCUGCCUGGCGCCAAGGGUGCCUCUGAGGGAGUGCAGAGCAUAGCUGUCAACUUGAAAAGUUGAAAAUAAGGGAUCAGCAGCCUCACCUGUCUAUGGGAUAUCUAAUAAUCCGGGAUAGCAGCGGGAAACGGCACUGGAAUAAGGGAAUUUCCCGCAAAAAAAGGGAAGGUUGACAGCUGUGGUGCAGAGAGCGCAGUUUCCUCAUUCAACUCAUCAGAUGCUUCGGAACUCCGUGAAGCAGAGGGAGCCCCUGAGUGUGUGCAGAGAGCCAUUCGUGCAGCCCUUUUUCGUUUUCUUUCGUGGGGAUGAGACCUUGCGAAGGAGGAGGUGCAGAGGUCCCUUCCUGCAGCACAUUUCAUUUCAUUCUCGUUGGAAGUGCUUGCAGCUCGGGAGGGUUAUGCGGGGGGGGAUCCCUCCUGGAAUAUCUCACUCGGCACUAGGGCCCUGCGAUCCACAUGAGCAGCUUUGUACUGUGUUUUCAUUUGUCGCCCCUUUUCUGGCAAAUCCUCGUGCAGCAGAGGAGGCGGGCUGGGAACGGGAGAAGGGCUUUCAGAUCAGAAGGUGUUUGGGGUACAGAUUUAUACGCGCACGUGUGGAUAAUGGAUAUAUGACAAGUGCCCAAUUUUAUUGCUUGGAAGGGGGAAAAGAGGUUUGCUGCGGAAUGAAGCAAAUCUGGAGAUAACAUACUGAGGCUUAAUUGAAUGAGUUGUGGUCAACCUACAGUAAAUACUGUAUAAAGCACAACUCCUCACCCCACAACACAGACACCUGCCACAUCCCCUUAGAUGCCUUGGGAUUCAGUUAUGGCUCUCUCUCAUUUGGUUGCAUUAAAAAACAAAAACCCUGUUAAUUUAAACCUUUUUCUAAAAAAUUGCUAAGUUGGGCUGGGGAGAGGACCCAUAAUUAUAUUACUCCAAUAAAACACUAUUGAGGCAAGUAAAAUUAGAUUGAUUUGAGGCCUGCAGGACUAGUAAACGGACAGCUCCAAACAAUCUGGUCAUGCUGUCAUAAGAAUCCUGGGUUUUUCUGAAUGACUGCAAAAUAGAAUCAACCCCUCUAGGCUGGUUGGUUUGCUAACUUUUCGUCUAGCUUAAUUUAGCCAGUUGAGUUCUGUACUGCAGUAAAGGCAAAAGGCACAGCUAUAUGGGUUUUGCAUGUUUUAUUCAUAACGGCAUUUUGAUCCCACCUUUCCAUUUUAAUGUUAGCAGCAUGUUUAUUAAAAGCAACCAACAUUUUAAAAGCAAUAUACAAAUUAAAAAUAGGUUGGAGCAGUACAUAAAAUUUAUUUAAAUAUUGCAAAGUUUAGCAACUGAACAGGGCUGAUACUUUCAGUAAAGCUUUUUGUUCUCUUUGGAUUAGAACAAAAACUCUUGAGUCUCACAUAACUGCUGAUAGUUUACACAAAUAGGGUCAUUUGAAAAAAAUUACAUGUAUUGUUUAUUUAAAAAAUAUAUUUUAUGCUAUGAAAACUACACUUCUUUGUUAAUAUUGCUCUUGAAUUUUACUCACACUUCUCCAAAAAUGGUUCAUGAUAGUCAGUGUUGUAUACUGUGCUACUGAAUAGAAAAGAAACAUCUUAAUACAACAAGGGAACCAUCUUUUAUUUCUAAGAAAUACAGUGGUACCUCGGGUUAAGUACUUAAUUCGUUCCGGAAGUCUGUGCUUAACCUGAAACUGUUCUUAACCUGAAGCACCACUUUAGCUAAUGGGGCCUCCUGCUGCUGCCGCGCCGCCGGAGCACGAUUUCUGUUCUCAUCCUGAAGCAAAGUUCUUAACCCGAAGCACUAUUUCUGGGUUAGCAGAGUCUGUAACCUGAAGCGUAUGUAACCUGAAGCGUAUGUAACCUGAGGUACCACUGUACUUUUGAUUUUUACCAUAUCAUUUUAAAAAGCAUCUUCUAAACCUUUUAUUAAUCCUUAAUAAUUGUAGUCUUUUAAACACCAUAAGCAUUGUUUUAUCAUUUUAUAUUUAUUGGAUUUGCACUUAGACUCUUUGGUCUUUGAAAUAAGUGAGCGUACUUUGCACAGUAUUUGUCAAUUUGUUUCUCAGCUGUUUUCUUACAAACAUCAGGUUGGAUGUUUUGGAUUGCACCCACUCUGUAUUUCAUUUUUUUCUACUCUAUUUAAUAAACCUUUAUCACACAUUAUUGCUAUAUCUACUCCUUUUGGGAGUAGCGUUUGCAUCUUGUAUUUCUUGUUUUCCUACUGUCCUAUAUGUCAUCUCAGUAUAUUUUCCUUCUUUCUUCUGUAUUCCCAUCCUGUUUGCUUAAGCCAGUGAUGGUUAAACUCGGCCUUCCAGCGCUUUGGGAACUGCAAUUCCCAUCAUAUCCCUGACCACUGGUCCUGUUAGAUAGGGAUGAUGGGAGUUGUAGUCCAAAAACAGCUGGAGGGCCGAGUCUGGCCAUCACUGGCUUAAGCUGUGCCUUGGUUCAUUUUGAGAAAUAUGAAUACAUUCAGUUCCCCAUUAUGCAUCUCAUUUCUUGUUAAAUCACUGAAUUAUUUACAAAAAAAUGUUUAAAUUAAUACACUGGCUACAUUAAAUUUAAUGUUUAAAUUAAUACACUAAUUAAUUCCUGUGGUUGUUUGGUGAAUAGACUGUCUGCAUGGUUAAGCCGUGGUUUGUUGAACAAAUCAUGAAUUUUCCCACAGACAAACAAAUCAUGGCUUGUUUUUCCCAAAUUUGAUUUAUUGUCCAACCGCUCUUGCCUUGUGGCUUGUAGUUCAGUGAGUGUCUGAGGAAACCUUGGUUAAGGAAGAGUGCCAAGUUCACAUGUAAUCACACAUAAUGAAGCCAUAGCUAAUGCAAACCAAGAUUCAAAAGCCAUUCACAAACUGCAUCUUCAAAUUGUGGCCUGCUAGUAAACAAACCAUUACUGAGGUGGGGAGCUUGGUUCAUAAAUAAUGCUUAACUGGGGUUUAAUAAAUCAUAGUUUAAUAACAUCAUCAUCAUCAUCAUCAUCAAACCUUUAUUAGCAUCACUUACAAACAUUCAGAAUAAAUACAGUGGUGCCCCGCAAGACGAAUGCCUCACAAGACGAAAAACUCGCUAGACGAAAGGGUUUUGCGUUUUUUGAGUCAUUACGCAAGACGAAUUUCCCUAUGGGCUUGCUUCGCAAGACGAAACGUCUUGCAAGUUCUUGCGAGUUUGUUUCCUUUUUCUUAAAGCCGCGAAGCCGUUAAUAGCCGCUAAGCCGCUAAUAGCCGCUAAGCCGCUAAUAGCCGUGCUUCGCAAGACGAAAAAACCGCAAGACGAAGAGACUCGCGGAACGGAUUAAUUUCGUCUUGCAAGGCACCACUGUAGGCCAGUGCAAUCUCGUUGCCAUUUCAGCAGUACAGUCAUUUGCCAAAGGAAAGAAGAGGCGAGCAAUCUAUUUCACCUCUGUGGGUCUCCAGCAAGGGCAGGGUCCUGUAGCGUAAUACAGUGGUACCUCGGGUUAAGAAUUUAAUUAGUUCUGGAGGUCUGUUCUAAACCUGAAACUGUUCUUAACCUGAGGUACCACUUUAGCUAAUGGGGCCUCAUCCUGAAGCAAAGUCUUAACCCGAGGCACUAUUUCUGGGUUAGCGGAGUCUGUAUCCUGAAGCGUCUGUAAGCUGAAGCAUCUUUAACCCGAUGUACCACUGUAGAGGAACUUAGCUACUGUCUUGGUGAGCUCCUGGUCUCUCGCCUGUAAUAAGAAGCGAAUGACCUCUGUCUCUGGUUUCCAUAUUGGGAUACAUACAUUGGGAUACAUAGUUGGUCUAAAAAUUGUUGGUGGAGAUCAUCAUACAUUUUUAAGGACCAUGUGAGCUAGAGUUUCCACCAGGUGGGCAUCACAUGAGCAGAUCCUAUCUCCUUCCGCGAACCUACCCCAAAGGAGGUUAGGAUUAGAAUUGAACCUAGCCAGCGAAAAAGCCCUUCUUUCUUGCGGGUUAAACAAAAUUUGUAGAUAAUUGAGGUUAAAUUCCUGCACCCAAGAGAGUUGAAAAUAAAGAAGGGAACAUAUUUUUUCCACAGCUGAAAUUGGUUCCUGGCGAUCUAUGUCCCACAGCCUAGUUUUUAACAUGGCCUUGGCGAUUGGAAAAGCCACAGCACCCAAGAGAUCCUCUGAAAGCCCUAGUUGCCGUAUCUUUGUGCAAAACAAUUGUAGCCCUGGGGAAGGGAAGGAGUCUGACAGAACUUUGCAAAGUAAAGUAUCUUUGUCUGCUGAAAAACAAAUGUUUAGCCAGCAUAAAAGAAAACUCAUCCAGGCAACGAUCUCUAGCUUAUGUUGGCCUCCCUCUAGACACAGGGCUGUGUAAGGUGCACAGCGUGGGACAGCGAAAAUCUUAAAUAGAAAGGCUGCCUGCACUCAUUCCAUUGACGGGGUAAACCCUGACAUUUUUUUUUGGAAGCCGCCCAGAGUGGCUGGGGAAGCCCAGCCAGAUGGGCGGGGUAUAAAUAAUAAAAUUAUUAUUAUUAUUAUUAUUAUUAUUAUCCAGACUGAAAUUCCAUAGCGCAGUUGAGCUCUAACUUUGGCAUUAAAAACCUUAAGGGCAGAAGUGAUCUGUUGGUUACCUCUUGUUGCAAAGAAGCGCAUUAAGGCCUGCAUAGACAGCUUGCUGGCGUUUGCCGCCUCUGUGCAGUGCGAAGACCACCGGAGCAUGUGAUGGGAAAGUGAUCCCCAAAUAGUUGAAUUCGAAUAUCUGCUGGAUAUGUUUCCCACCAAAAACCCAACUAUAGCUCUUACGAUAAUUCCUGAAAACCAUUAUUUUGCUUUUAUCGAAGUUCAUGUUCAUUUUCAUUCUAGACAGAUAGUCGAUACAGGCAUUUAGCAGACGCUUUAAGCCAAUUCCUGACCAUGAGAGCAGAAUCAUAUUAUCUGCAUAUAGGAGAAUGGGAAUUUUUUAUGCAUUGAGUUUUGGGCUCUGAGCAUCCACCAGUUUUAAUAAUGGGGCAAGGUCAUUUAGGAAGAGAUUAAAAAGAGAGGGAGCAAGAACACAGCCCUGUUUCACACCUUUAUUUAUAACAACAGGGUCUGACACCUCGUCCCCUGGGGUUAUUCUUAUACGACAGGUAUUAUUUGAGUAAAGCUUUUUAAUCAAGAAAAGUAACCUAGGGUCUAGGCCCAAUGACUCCAGUUUGGACCAUAACAGCCCUCUAUCAACUGAAUCAAAAGCAGCCUUAAGAUCUAAAAAGGCCACAUAUAGGCCUUCUUUAUGGACUUGCGUGUACAGUGUACCUCGGGUUACAUACGCUUCAGGUUACAUACACUUCAGGUUACAGCCUCCAUUAACCCAGAAAUAGUGCUUCAAGUUAAGAACUUUGCUUCAGGAUAAGAACAGAAAUCGUGCUCCGGUGGCGCAGCAGCGGCAGCAGCAGGAGGCUCCAUUAGCUAAAGUGGUGCUUCAGGUUAAGAACAGUUUUAGGUUAAGUAUGGACCUCCGGAAUGAAUUAAGUACUUAACCCGAGGUACCACUGUACUUGGCGGCUAAAUGGGAUAACACUAUACAGUUAUGUAAAGUGGAUUUGCCUGGCCUAAACCCUGCCUGCUCUGGGCCUAUGAUGUUGUUCACGUCAAGCCAUGUGGUUAAUUUGGAUAAUAGAUGUUUUGCAUAGAAUUUCCCAAUAUUUGACAAUAGAUUUAUUGGUCGAUAGUUGGACGGUAUGUUUUUGUUCCCCUUUUUAAAGAUUGGGAUGAUUAUGGAUUUCUGCCAUGAAUUAGGCAUAAUUCCAAUUCUGUCCACCACAGUGAAUAGUUCUGCUAGAAUCGGAGCCCACCAGUCUGGCUUGGCUUUAAUUAGUUCAGGCGGGACGGCAUCAGGGCCUGCGGCUUUGCCUAGUUUCAUCUGAGAAAUUAAAUUUUCGACUUCAGUAAUGGAGACAGGGGGCCACUCAACCAGGGUCGAAGAAGGGACAAGAUCUUGGCUGUCUGAUGGAAUACAAUCGUCGUAGAAGAUCUUAAAAUGCUCUACCCAUGGCAUAGAUGGAAUCAAUGUCAGUCGAUGAUCUUGGGUCUGUGGGGGGUCUGCAAUAACCUUCCAAAAUUUCUUAUGGUCAUUGGUAAGGAUGGCUGAAAGCAGUGAAUCCCAGCAAGCCUGGCUGUUUCUUAUCUGGCUAAGCUGGAUAGACUCCCUAACGAAAUAUGUGUCAGGCAAUUGAGAGGUGCCUGCCUCUCUAGACUCUCAAAUAUUCUCCUAACCUCUACUAUAAUGCCUUUGAUUUCGUUAUCAGUCCACUCGCCAAACCCUGGUUUCUUAGGUGGCCUGUGCGAGUGUGAAUGGGGCAAUUUGGUUAUUAGAGUGUCCAUAAGCUCCUCAAACCAAGUGACUCUAGCUAUUGGGGAAAGUUCACCACUCCCUACCGAGAUCAAGUGAAUCACACGAUCAGAAUGCACCAAGGUUUGGAAAGACGAUAGUGUAUGCUCGUUAAUUCGAAUCCUUAUGUACUGAGGACACUGUACCUGGGGGUGGGGUGGAUUGAUUAUAUAUUCUGGCACUCUCGAUGGAAAGACAAAUUUACAUUGAAGAGGGAGAUGGUCACUAAGCAUAGGAUCACCUAUGUGGAACUCAACCACUUGGGGCAGCAAUUUAGUGGGGACCAGAAUAUAGUCUACCACACUAUUUCCUUGUGAGGAGAGGAAGGUAAAGUUCCCAGAGCCUUCCUAGUCUGGCAGCCCAUUAAGCCACACCAAAACCCUGGUGGUAGUCAGCUUGGUGAGCUGUAAUCCUGCCAGGUUGAUUUCUAAGUCCCGUGAUUCUCAUUCCCAUAAGCAGAAAUCAGGGAGGGCAGGACAGUCCAAGAUCUCCCAAGCUUUUGUAUAUACUUCCCGCCCUUGGCAUAGGCGGGCAUUAAAAUCGCCUGUCAAGACAAUGGGAAGGAGAUCUCAUUGAUGUGCAAGGAGAUCUCAUUGAUGGUUCUUGGCUAUGACAGUAGAGGUGGGAGGAUUAUACACGUUGACUAGUAACAUUUCCUGGCUCUCCAGCUCUAUCUUUGUUGCUAAAAUUUUGCAAUUUGCAUUAGUCAAGAGAAUGUGUUCACAUUUUAUAUGGGGAGCCACCAGGGUUAGCAAGCCACCCGAGGGCCUGCCUUUCUUGUGGAGUUUGACUGCCAGAACCGCAUAGGCGUUAUAUAUAUUUUUUUCAAAUGAUAUUUAUUGAAAAUUUUUUAGAAUUACAAAAAAGAACAAAGCAGAAAAAGAAAAAGAAGAAAAAAAACAAAGAAGAAACAAACCACAUCAAACAAUACAUAUUCAAAAAACAAAAAUACACAGCAAACACACAAAAACAAAUCCAUCAUUCUCGAAUCCUCAACUUUCAUUACCUUCUUUCUUUGACCUCCUCCUCCUCCCUUUUUUUGUAUCCUAGUUGUUAAUUGUCGCAGCAAAUCCUUUCCAUAUUUCAUAAUAUUCUGUCAUUACAUUACCUUAAUCUAUUUUCAUCUUAUCUUAUAAAGAACCUUAAAGCUUAAAACUUAAAUCUUAUUUUUACCAACUUCUCAUAACCAUAAUAUUCUUACCUAAUUCUUUAAACAUUUUUGCUAAAGCCAAGUAAUUUCGUUCCAACAUUUUUCUAACAUUCAUCAAUUUUAUAAAACAAUCCUAGUAAUAAAAAAAAGCAAGAAAAACAAUCCAAUCUUCAUCCAGCAUCCCUUCCUCCUGGUCACGGGUUUUGUCAGUCCUUUUUAUCCCAUUAAUCUAGCGCAUUAACCUGGUAACCUUAUAUCUGAGGCCCUUAAGUCCCUUCCAUGUCCCUUCCGCGGCUCUUCUUCAUAUUCUCCUUUCACUCAUGGGAACUCCAGCUUGGCAAUGUUUUUGACCCUUUUCAACAAAUCAGCCCCUUUUCCAUAGUCCAGACUAAACUCCAUGUGGUAUUUAAAAACAUGUUUCAGAAUCCCUCCAAAAUUAAGAGCCCCCACAGCCCCAAACACCUCACGGCCCAUUGCCAGACUUGAAAAGUCCAAACAUCCCUGCAUAGGGGGGUCUAUCCAACCCCCCAUUUCCAAACCAAACCAAACUUUAUCUUUCCAAAUCUGGCUUUUACCAAGUUCAUUUGUCAAAUCCAAAAGCUCAUGUUCCUGCAGGGCCACAGCUCCCUCCAUCUCUGGUGCCCAAGAUUCAGCAACAUCCUCUUCUCUCAUCUGUUCUGUCAGGGCACACUCCUGGUUUAAUUCCUGGGUGGGCUCCAUAUAGUUUCCCACUGCCUGUUCAAAAAUUCUGAUCGCAUCAGUCAUCAAAUCUGUCUUCUCAUUUAAUUGUUCCAGUAGGGCAUUUGUUUUACAGAGAGCACACAACAGAGCUUCUGAAUACAUUGUCCUUCAAGGUCAAAAGUCUAUUCCCAUGAUUGUAAUCUGUAACAGCUGCAAGCUCCCUGGAAUUGGUUACAGUUUCACAGUCUCCCUCUAGGGGGAAAACUUCUAUUAGUUCUUUCUUUUAAGGACAAAUCUAGCAACAAAGUUUCCUUUUUCAGAUAUCUUGUCAAUAUUUGUUCCUUUAAAAUGCGAAGGGGAACAGUGGAAUCACUAUGUUUCUCUUCUUUUAGCUAACUGUCAAAAACAUUUGUCUCUGGUCAAUGAGCUUCAAAAAGAUGUCAGUCCUGACACCCCGCUCCAGGAUCAAGACGGUGGAAAGUUACUUUACUUUAAACUCACUUCUGCAGGUUUAAACAGUCCAAAAAGAUCCCCUUCUUCUCCUGCUUCCGAAGGGGGUUCAACAAUUUUAAAUGAUGAAAGUUAAUCUUUUAGAAGCGAUUUUCUGAGCUCUAGUUUACCUUGUCUUUGCUUUAAUCUGUCUACAAAGAAACGGAAGGCUGACUUCCUGUUUAGACCUUCCCAUUUCAGUGCCAAAUUGAAGUAAAUUUUUAAGUCCAAUUCCUUUCUGCUCGCAAGUCCUUAUUUAAAAUCCAAUUGUCCGAAAUUUAAGUACUCACGGUUGAUUAUUUUAGAAGCCAAAUUGUCCCAGGAAAAAGGCAGCGCUCUCCGACAACGGCUAUGCGGCUUCGCUCCACGGAAGAAGCAGUUGACUCUCAGCACCGCGCCACUUCCCCCUCUUCGCUUCGGAGCCCGUUAGUGGGUUGCUUUGCGGGUUGGGGGGGUGCUAAGGGUGCCCGCCGAGUCCCAUGGUCACAGGCUUCAUCCGCCUGUGAUUUUUGAAAGGGUCCCCGCUUCGCCGUAGCGGAAAAGACCCGUUUCACGUGGAGCUAGUCCCUCCAGAUCAGAGGGAGUCCGCCAUUGCCGAUGGCGCCACCCCGGAAGUCUGCAUAGGCGUUAUAGUCGGCAAAGUCAAUGUGCCGUGUCGACCAAGUUUCUUGUAAACAAACUAUAUUGUGCUCUCUUAUUAACUUAACAAAGUCAGGAUAGCAUAACUUUGAGGACCAUCCUGCCACGUUCCAUGAUAGCAACUUCAGGGAAGAGUGUUGCACCGGGUUUCCCGCCUUGGCACAAAGUCAGUCUAAGUAGAUGUCAUUAGAUUGGCUACCACUAGGGGCCCCGGGCGGAACCUGUAGCAUUUCCUCUAGUGCCUCAGGGGCGCCAGUUAGACCAUGGUCCCUGUCUGCUGUUGACUCAUUGUUCGAAGUUGAGUAGCCAAUUUGGGGGGGGGGGGGGCGAGAUCGCUAGGACUGAGAGCAUCGACUGGAAUAUGCAUCCCAGAAAUCGUUCCCGGGGGUUCUUCUUCUGUUGAGGUGUCCUCUAGUGCCAGCAUAACCAAGUCAGCAUUUGCGAAGCAAGAUGAAGGUUGAUGUACUAAGAUAUUAACUUCUUGCAGAUGGGCUUUGAGGCAGUCCUGGAACACAGGUGGGAGAAUAGGUUGCUUAGUAGUUUGUGAUACAUCCGGCAGGUUAGGCAUUAUGUUACCUAUCGGGAAAGUUUCUGGUUGGUCCUCGGCUGGGUAGAAUCACAACUCAGCGCUCGGGGUGACCGGCUUCCCAGUGUGCAUCUCCUGAUGGAGUUCAGAUAAUUCCCCAGACAUCUGUGUAGUUUCUCACCUUGUUCGCUCAUCCUCCCUAACUGUGGGCAAAGUCUGUUCUAUGGGCAGAAGUGUGGAUGAAAUAUCUAUACUGUCAUACAUGCUAAUUCAGUGUAUAGUUGGGUCCAGUGCCUUGGUCUGCAAAUGCCUUUCUUGGUUGGGUGAGUCCCUUACCGGGGAUUCCUCCUGUAGAAAGGCCAGUAUCUCCUCUUUUCCAGACCUAUCAUUAUUCAUAUUCCUGCUGCCCACAUGAGCAGGUUCAUGGGGGUUUACCCUAGGCUUGUUGAGGUCACGCAUCGAAUCUUGAAUACUGUUUGUUAUUUCUUCAAUUUCCUCUAGUAUAAAGUUAAUUAGGGUUAUGUUUAUCGUUGCUCUUUCCUUGACAUUCCUAAGGAGCGGAGAUUUCUUUAGAGUCACUCUUUGAGACCCUCCUGUAUUAGCUGCAGCUGUAUCAGUCAGAGGAACUGGAAGAUUUCCAUGUUGGCUUAACCUUGAAGGUGGUGCAAAGCUUGGGAUGGGGGAUACUUUAAUUAGCCAUGGUUUAGCAUUAUGUGGGAACCAGGCCAAUAUUCAUUCAGACUCAGCAGAGUACUUGCUUUUCUUGCAUUCUGCUCAGCAUACCUCCUUCCCUAGCCACCAAUACAUUCAUAGUUCCAUUCUUAUUUCAGACAUUGUGCUAUAUUAGUGGCAGCCCUUUUCCUUUCUGACCUAUGUUUAUGUAGGAUGCUCAUUUCAGCCUGUCAAUCUCUAAGCCUUUUCAAGGAGCAAAACCUCAUAUAUUAUAUAAUGCAUCACAUGCAGGACCUGCUUUUCGUGUAGGAUUUUUUCCUCCCUGAGGUACUGUUUGCUGUUUGCAAUCCAUUACGUAUUACUGUUCCCAUUUUUACAUAAUACUAUGCUAUUUCAUUCAUCCAAAAGCCUGAGGUGGCACAAAAUUGAGAAAAUCACUUGGUGGUGCCAAGUAUUGGUCUCCCACUGGGCACAAUUAUGUGAAAGAUUACAAACUGCCUCCAUUUUGUCAGGCUUUCAGAGGGCAAAUCUAUUUUAUCCAUCAUUGGGUGGGGCAUAGGGCCAGCCCUGGCAUUGACCUCUGAAAGCCGGGAAAUCUCUCUAUGCAUGGGAAUAAAUAAAUGGAGAUGGGGUUUACUUCACUCUCCAUUUGUUUAUUUACUUCCCUCUGCAGCUCUUGAUACUCUAAGCAAUUUCUACCCUGCCUCCCAAAAGCUGCACGUGUUUCUGCCUAACCCUGCCAUUGAACAGCUGAGAGCAACCUGGCAGCUUGGAAGCCGAUGGAAAAAUAGACUGGGGUCAUUUACUUCUGAGUUAAAAGAAAUAAAAAUAAACCUUGCCAUGUUGUUCAAGCCUAUUUUCUACCUUCUCUCCUUCUGUGUGUGUGCAUCUCCCUGUCUGUUAGGGGACGUUUUUUCACCUCUCCUUUGAUAUCCAUGCUGUACAUCUAUAGCUUUAAUUUUAGAGAAAAUGUGCUAAUUUAAAUAUUAUCCAUACAGUAAAAUAAAAUUUGUAACAAUAUGUUAAAGGUAAGUAAAUAUUUUAAAGUUUCAGAUGCCAAAGUAGUAACAGUUGCUUGGACAUUAGCCCAUUCUCUGCCUCAUAAUUCUAUCCUUAUUUCAAACAAUGUAUUAUACUUGUAUAUAAUGAUGUUUAUCUGGUGACAUGUCACAUCUCCCACCCCUACUUGCAGCCCUUUCCCAUUCUGACCUUUGUUUAUGUAGGAUGCUCAUUUCAGUUUGUUAAUCUCCAGGCCUUUUCAAGUAGCAGAAGCUCAUAAAUCAUAGAAUUGUAGAAUUGUGGAGUUGGAAGGGACCCCAAGAGUCAUCUAGUCCAACUUGCUGCAGUGCAGGAAGCUCAGCUAAACAUCCAUGACAGAUGGUCAUCAUAUAAUACAUUGCAUGUAGGGCCUGCUUUUCUCGUAGGGAUUUUUCCUCUUGAGGUAUUUACUCUUUUUCCAGUCCAUUAUUGCUGUUUUCAUUUUUACACAGUGCUAAGCUUUUUCUUUCCACUAUAAGUGCUAGCUGUGCGAUAUUAAGAAGAUCCACUUGGUGGCACCACAUAUUAACUUCGUAUAAUGCAUUAUUUUGUGAAAGAUUACAAAAGUGCAGGCAGCGCAAGGGCUCUGUGCUUGCCCAUAUUUGGGAAGGAGGGAAUGUCUCCAUGACUGUGCCAGAGUUCUAGAUCUUCCUUCUCGGAUCCUCACUCAGCCUGCGCAGGUGGGGCUUGCUUGGAAGUCAAAACUUGUCCCAUAUAAAAAUAGGCUGGGGUUAUUUACUUCUAAAGUUAAAGAUAAAAAUAAUCCUUGCCCUGUUGCUUUAGCCCCCUUCCUCCCUUCUUCCUUGCUGUGUAUGUGUGCACACUUGUAUGUAUUCAGACAUUGUGUUACAUCAGAUGUUUAGCUGGUGAGAUAUCACGAUGUUGAAAACCAGCCAGUGUCCAGACCUAGUUGCAGUCCUUUUCUUUUCUGGGUUUACCAUAUGCAGGAUGCUCAUUUCACUCUGUCUAUCUCCAAACCUUUGCAAGGAGCAGAACCUCAUAUGUGAUAUCAUACACUACAUGCAGGACAUGCUUUUCUUGUAUGUUUUUUUUUUCUCCUGUGGCACCGCCCUCCUAAAGCCAGCAGAAACCUUAUGUGAUCCUAGUUUAUGCAGGUGUCUCUAUGCGUGGGAAUAAAUAAAUGGAGAGUGGGUGUCCUUCACUCUCCGUUUAGUGUUUGCUUCCCUCUGCAGCUCCUGACCUUUUGUGCUAAGCCUUCUGAAAGUCGCAUAUGUUGCAGUCAAACCCUGCAUUUUGAAUGGCUGCUGCCCUGAAAUAGGCUGAAUUACAAGCUGCCACUUGUCACAUGGAAAAAUAGGCAGGUUAUUUACUACUGAGUUAAAAAUAAUAAAUUGUUCUGUUCUUGAAGCCUAGUUUGUACCUUCUCCCCUUCUCUCUGUGUGUGUGCUCCUGUGUGUGUGUCUCUCUUGAGAAGAUCCAUUUUAUGUGACUUUGGGAGAGUGGCUGGUACUGCCCUCCGAAAGUCCAGAAACCUUAUGCCUUUGCACAGAUGUCUCUGCGCACGGGGAAUAAAUAAAUGGAUAAACGGUUUCCUUUCUUCUCCAUUUAUCUAUUUAUUUUUCUCUGUAGUUCCAGAGACUCAUAAGCCCUUUCUGUCUCACAUGGCAAGAGAUGCGAAUGCUGCUGUCCAGUGCUGCUUUGAAGAACUGCUGCCUUCAGUUGCUUAAGCCUUGUUUCUUCCUUCUCCCCUUCUGUAUCUGUGUGUGUGUCUCUCUUGAGAAGAUCCAUUUUAUCUGACUUUGGGAGGGUGACUGGUACCGCCCUCCCAAAGUCCAGAAACCUUAUGCCUUUGCAUAGAUGUCUCUGUGCACGGGGAAUAAAUAAAUGGAUAAGCGGUUUCCUUUCUUCUCCAUUUAUCUAUUUAUUUCUCUCUGUAGUUCCAGAGACUCAUAAGCCCUUUCUGUCUCACAUGGCAAGAGAUGCGAAUGCUGCUGUCCAGUGCUGCUUUGAAUAACUGCUGCCUUCCGUUGCUUAAGCCUUGUUUCUUCCUUCUCCCCUUCUGUAUCUGUGGGCAUGCUUGUGUGUCUUUGUCUCCCUCAUGUCUAUCAGGGAACAUUCUCUCACAUUUCCUUUGAUAUCUAUGCUAACAAUUACAUCUACAGCUUUAAUUUUAGAGAAAGUGUGAUAAUUUAAAAAUUAUCUGUAUCAGAAAAUAACAGUUAUAACAAUAUGUUAAAGGUAAGUAAAUAUUUAUGUUUCAGACCUCUAAAUAGUAUCAGUAGCCGGGACAUGAGUCCAUUUGCCUCUACAUAGUUUAAUCCUAAUUUCAGACACCGUACUGUAUCAGUAUAUCAUGAUGCUCACUACUGGUAUACUACAGUGUUUAAAGCCAGACUUGAUGUUGGAUACUCAUUUAAAUCUAUCAGUCUCUGUGCCUUUUCAAGGAGCAGAACCUCAUCUUUCAUAUGAUACAUUGCAUAUAGAACCUGCUUUUCUUGUAGGGAUUUGUCAUCCCUCAAGUGCUUAAUGCUCUUCGCAUACCAUUAUUGCUGCUCUCAUUUUUACACCGCGCUAUGCUUUUUCAUUCAUCCAAAAGUCCUAAGUGGUGCAAUAUUAUGAAGAUCCACUUGGGGUGCCAAAUAGCGGACUCACAAGCCACCAUUUUAUAAAAGAUAACAGUGCCUCCAUUUUGUCUGGCUUUUGGAGGGUGGCGCAAGGGCUUGGUCGCCACCAGAGCCCUGGCACCGCCUUCCCAAUGACGGAAGCAUAGUAAGUGCUUGCCCAUUUUUUGGAAGAAGGGAAGGGCUCUAGGACCAUCCCUGAGCUAGAGGGAGAUGGCACACCCUUGAAAAGAUCUUUUGUAAUCACAGCUUUGUACAGGUGCCUGUGCCCUUUCUGCCUUGCCUCCCAAAAGCAGCUCAUGUUGCUGUCCAGCACUGCCUUCAGCCAGGGCUCGCUUCUGGUUAUUUACAUCUGAGUUAAAAAUAAUAAUAAAAAGCUUGCUCUGUUGUUUAAGCCUCCUUCCUCCCUUCUCCCCUUCUCUCUCUGUGUGUUCUUCUGUAUGUGUCUCCUUUGUGUCUGUAAGGGAACCCUCUCUCACCUUUCCUUUCAUACCUGUGCUGUUAAUUACUUCUACAGAUUUAAUAUUAAAAAAGUGUGCUGAUUUAAAAUUUAUCUGUGCAAUAAAAUAACAGUGGUAACAAUAAGUUAAAGCUAAGUAAAUAUAAAAACUUUGAGGAGCAGCAGUUGCCAGGACAUUGCCCCAUUCAUCUCUAUAUAGUUUCAUCCUUAUUUCAGACAUCAUGUUAUAUUGGUAUAUUGUGAUGUUUAGCUGGUGACAUAUCACGAUGUUGAAAACCAGACAUCGUCCAGACCUACUUAGUCUCUCAAUCUCCAUGCGUUUUGAAGGAGCAGAACCUCAUUUAUGAUACAUUGAAUACAGGACCUGCUUUUCUUGUAGGGUUUUUUUCUCCCCUGAGGUGCUUAACACUGUUUUUAACCCCAUUAUUGCUGUUCUCAUUUUUAAACAGCACAGUGUUAUUUCAUUCAUCCAAAAGUCAUAGUUGGUGCAAUAUUAUGACGAUCCACUUGGUGGUACCACAUAUUAGCUUCACACAGGGUGCCAUUUUGUAAAGAUUACAAAGUGCCUCCAUUUUGUAUGGCUUUUGGAGAGCGGGGUGGAGGCUCUGGGAUGCUGCCAUAGUCCUUGCACUGCCUUCCUAAUGACGGAAGCCUAAGAAGUGUUUGCCCAUCUUUGGGAAGGGCUCUAGGACCAUGCCAGAACCCUGAAUCUUUCUUCCAGAGCCAGAGCAGUGCCGCAGAUUUCCUGCACAGAACAAUGGCAGUCCUGUAUAGGGGUUAUUUACUUCUGAGUUAAAAAUAAUAAUAAACAUUGCUUUUUGUUUAAGCCUCCUCCCUCCAUUCUCCCAUUUUGUAUAUGUGUGCAGGGUUGUGCGCCUGUGUCUCCCCUCAUGUCUAUUAGGGAACAUUUUCUCACAUUUCCAUUGAAAUCUAUGCCACUAAUUAUAUAGCUUUAAUUUUAGGGAAAGUGUCCUAAUUUAAAAAUUACCAUAAAACAACAGUUGGAACAAUUUGUUAAAGGUAAUACAGACAUCUAAGUAGCAGCAGUUUCCAGGACAUUACCCCGUUUGUCUCUUCAUAAUUUCAUCCUUAUUUCAAACAUUGUGUUAUAUCAGUAUAUCACGAUGUUUAACUGGUGACAUAUUGCGAUGUUGAAAACCAGACAUCGUCCAGACCUAGCUGCAGCCAUUUUCCUUUCUGUAGGAUACCAUUUCAGUGUGUCAAUCUCCAUGCAUUUUCAUUUAUCAAAACAUACAUUACAGGUAGGACCUACAUUUCUGGUUGGGGGCAGGGGUUCCUCCCUGAGGUACUUAACACUGUUUCUAGUCCAUUAUUGUUGUUCCCAUUUUUAAACAACGCAGUGUUAAAUCAUUCAUCCAAAAGUCCUAGGUGGAGCAAUAUUAUGAAGAUCCACUUGGGGGUGCCAAAUAGCGGACUCACAAGCCGCCAUUUUAUAAAAGAUAACAGAGUGCCUCCAUUUUGUCUGGCUUUUGGAGGGUGGCGCAAGGACUAUGGCACAGCCUCCCCUAAGCCGGAAGCUCAAGAAGUGCUUGCCCAUCUUUGGGAAGGAGGGAAGGGCGCUAGGACCACAACAGAGACCUGAAUCUUCCUUCCCACAGCCAGAGCAGUGCUAGCAGUACAGUUCCCCAGGCUGAGAUGCCACAAUUUUUGCAAGAUCCAUAACUGAGAAACGCCACUUGUGGGUGAGAAAUAUUGGCCUCAAAAGGUUUGGAAGGACAGUAUGAGGGUUCUGAGGUGCUGCCAUGGCCUGACACUGCCCUCCAAAGCUGGGAAAGCCUUAUGAGAUUGCAGUUUUGCGCAGGUGUCUCUAUGCGUGGGAAUAAAUAAAUGGAGAGUGGGUUUCCUUUUAUUUAAAUUAAUCUACUUACUCCCCACACACACCUCCUGACACCUGAGCCCUGCUGGGUCCCUCACAUGGAAAAAUAGAUUGGGUCAUUUACUUCUGAGUUCAAAAUAAUAAUAAUAAUAAUAAACCUUACCCUGCUGUUUAAGCCUCAUUCCUCCCUUCUCCCCUUCUGUGUGUGUGUUCCUUUUUCUGGGUUUCCUCAAAUGUGCCUCUAUUUUGUCUGACUUUGGGAGGGCAGGGCAAGUGAUCUCUGGGAGCCCUGGAUCUUUCUUCGUAGACAGAAGAACAGCACAGAGAAAUCGAGGUGGCAAAAAUGUGAGAAGAUCCAUUUUAUCUGACUUUGGGAGGGUGGCUGGUACCGCCCUCCCAAAGUCCGGAAACCUUAUGCCUUUGUGCAGAUGUCUCUGUGCGCGGGAAAUAAGUAAAUGGAUAAGCGGUUUCCUUUCUUCUCCAUUUAUCUAUUUAUUUCUCUCUGUAGUUCCAGAGACUCAUAAGCCCUUUCUGUCUCACAUGGCAAGAGAUGCGAAUGCUGCUGUCCAGUGCUGCUUUGAAUAACUGCUGCCUUCAGUUGCUUAAGCCUCGUUUCUCCCUUCUCCCCUUCUGUAUUUGAGGGCAUGCUUGUGUGUCUUUGUCUCCCUCAUGUCUAUCAGGGAACAUUCUCUAACAUUUCCUUUGAUAUCUAUGCUACCAAUUACAUCUACAACUUUAAUUUUAGAGAAAGUGUCUUAAUUUAAAUAUUAGCCUUACUAUAAAAUAACAGUUGUAACAAUAUGUUAAAGGCAAGGAGAUAUUUAUAAGUUUCAGAUGCCUAAGUAGCAGAUGCUUCCAUCCGUAUUUCAGACAUUGUGUUAUGCUGGUAUACCGCGAUGUUUAGCUGGUGACGUACCACGAUGUUGAAAACCAGACAUCGUCCAGCCCUAGCUGCAGCCAUUUUCCUUUCUGGGCUAUGUUUAUGUAGGAUAUUCAUUUCAGUCUGUUAAUCUCCAUGCUUUUUCAAGGAGCAGAACCUCAUAUAUGAUACACUGCAUAUAGGACCUGCUUUUUUUGUAGGGAUUUUUCAUCCCUCAAGUGCUUAAUGCUGUUUGCAGUCCAUUAUUGCUGUUCUCAUUUUACGCAGCGCUAUGCUAUUUCAUUAAUGCAAAAGUCCUAAGUGGUGCAAUAUUAUGAAGAUCCACUUGGGGUGCCAAAUAGCGGACUCACAAGCAGCCAUUUUAUAAAAGAUAACAGUGCCUCCAUUUUGUCUGGCUUUUGGAGGGUGGCGCAGGGGCUCUGGGAUGCCAGAGCCCUGGCAUUGCCUUCCCAAUGACGGAAGCAUAGUACUUGCUUGCCCAUUUUUUGGAAGAAGGGAAGGGCUCUAGGACCCCACAGUAGCCCUGGAUCUUCCUUCCCUGAGCCAGAGCUGUGCCCAAGGUUUUCCUCCACAGUUAUAUCUUUCUAGUUCUAUCUUUCAAUAGAUCGUCUAUAGUCCAUUAUCUUAUCCACCUUUGGGAAAUUGAGAUAAGGGCUCUGGGAUGCCCUCUAGCACCACCCUCCCUAAACCCGGAAAACCUUAUGGGAUCACAGCUUUGUUCAGGUGUCUCUGUGGGUGGGAAUGAGAGGAAAGGAGGGUUUCCUUUGUUCUCCAUUUAUCAAUUUACUCUGUUCUGCAGCUCCUGACACUUGAAAGUACUUUCUGCCUCAUCUCUGAAAUGAUGCAUGCUACCGCCCUCAUCCGGGGCUCGCUUGGAAGCAAAGUCUUGUCCUAUGGAAAAAUAGACUGGGGUUAUUUUACAUAUGAAUAAAUAAUAAGAAUAAUAAACCUUGUCCUGUUGUUUAAUCUUUCUUCCACUCUCUUGCGUUCCUAUUUCUGUGUCUGUUAGGGAACCUUCUCUCACCUUUCAUUUCAUAUCUAUGCCACGUAUUACUUCUACAGCUUUAAUUUUAGAGAAAGUGUAAUAAUUUUAAAAUUAUGUGUUCUACAGAAUAUUGUAACAAUAUGUUAAAGGUAAGUAGUUAUUUAUAUUUCAGAACCUUAAGGAAUAGCAGUUGCCGGGACAUAGCCCCAUAGUUCCAUCUUCAUUUCAGACAUUGUGUUAUAUUGGUAAUAUCGCAAUGUUUAGCUGGUGACAUAUCACGAUGUUGAAAACCAGACAUUGUCCAGCCCUAGCUGCAGCCAUUUCCCUUUCUGUAGGAUGCUCCAUGUAGGAUCUGCUUUGGGGAACGGGGGUGUGUGUGUUCUUAACGUUUCCAGUCCAUUAUUGUCGUUCUUAUUUUUACACAGUGCUAUGCUAUUUAAUUAAUCCAAAAGUCCUAGAAGGUUCAGAAUUGAGAAGAUCCACUUGGGGGCACCAGAUAUUAGCAUUGCAAAGGCUCCAUUUUGUGAAAGAUUACAAACUGCCUCCAUUUUGUCUGGCUUCCAGACCCCUGGCACUACCCCCUCCCCCGAAGGAUAGUAAGUGCUUGCCCAUCUUUGGGAAGGAGGGAAGGGCUCUAGGACCAUGCCAGAACCCUUCCUUCCCAGAGCCAGAGCAGUGCAGGCGGAACAACAGAACAAAGGCAGGAAAACAAAGCCGGGAAAACCUUAUGUCGUGGUUCCGAUGUUUCUCUGUGUUGGAGUAAAUAGAGAGGGUUUCCUUCACUCUCCAUUGCUCUGCAGCUCCUUAAACUUGAAAGUCUUUUUUGCCUCGUUUCUCAAGAGCUGAGCUGUCCAGUGCUGCCUUUGAACUGCUGCUGGUCUCAGCUGGGAUUGGCUUGGAAGUCACCACUUGUUCCAUAGAAAAAUAAAUGACGACUAUUUACUUAUGAGUUAAUAAUAAUAAUAAUAAUAAUAAACAUUGCUCAGUUGAAUCUUCUCUCGUGCCUUCUCAGCUUCUCUCUCUCUCUCUCUCUCUCUCUCUGUGUGUGUCUCCCUUGUGUCUGUAAGGGAACCUCCUCCCACCUUUCCUUUCAUAUCCAUGCUACUAAUUACUUCUACAACUUUAAUUUUAGAGAAAGUGUCCUAAUUUAAAAAUUAUUUGUAUUUUAAAAUAACAGUGGCAACAAUAUGUUAAAAGCAUGGGGGGAAUUAAGUUUCAGACCCCUAAGUAGUAGCACUUGCCAGGACAUUACCCCGUUCACCUCUUCAUAAUUCCAUCCUUAUUUCAGACAUUGUGUUAUAUUGGUAUAUCGUGAUGUUUUGCUGGUGAUAUACGACUAUUUUUAAAACCAGACAUCAUCCAGCCCUAGUUACAGCCUGACCUAUAUUGAUGUAGGGUGCUCAUUUUAGUUUAUCAGUCUCCAUGUGUUUUCAAGGAGCAGAGCGUCAUUUAUCAUAUGAUACAUUGCAUGUAGGACCUGCUUUUCUUACAGAGUUUUUUCUUCCUUGGGGUACUUAACACUGUUUGCAGUCCAUUAUUUCUGUUCUAGUUUUUACAUAGUUAAUUUCAUGCAUUCAAAAAUCUGAGGCGGUGCAAAAUUGAGAAAAUCCAUCUGGGGGCGCCAAAUAUCGGCCUUGUGCACAGUGCCACUUUAUGAAAGGUUGCUGUUUUUUCCCCUGCAAUGGGGGCCAAGCCAUGGUGGCUUGAGAAGAACCAAAAUCUUUUCAUGAAUGUGUGCCUGUGUAGCCCUCAUGUCUUUGUCCCUUUCCUCUCUUCUCCGCUUCUUUGUGUACACACAUGUAUGUGUCUCUCCCUCUACGUUCCCCAUUUUCUCCUCCUUACCAUCGUACUCUCCCUAAUAUUCCCCUGCCCCUUUGCUUUCUCACACAUUCCCCUCCCACACCCCCUAUGCUUCCUUAUGUGCUUCUUCACCUUCCUUUUUGUUCCCUCUGGCCCACACCCACUGGUGAAAAAGAAGGAGAGAAGUGUUUUCAUUUCCAUUUCCUGGAGUUUACGUUUUUGGUGUCCCAUAAAUAGCUUCCCUCCAUAUUAAAAAUAAAGGUUGAUUUUUUUUUAAAGAAGGAGGUUAUCUCUUUGCCACAUAGUUUCAUCUUUAUUUCAGACAUUGUGAUACAUUGUUUUAUUGUGAAGUUUAGCUGGUGAUAUCUAACCUGAUGUUGGAAACCAGACAUCGGGAGAAGAGUGUAUGCAAGGCAGGUAGCAAAGCCAAAAUGACACUGCUGUGAUUCCAUCCUGUGAGGGACCCACUGGGAUUACUGUUAAGAUGUUGCGUCAUUUAGUCAUCCAAAGGGAGCUCAACAGUAAAGUGGGGUGUGUGUUCAAAGUGCAAUAAUUUUUGCAUCAGUUUUGUUGAAAGGAUUAUGCCCCUAAUUCCUAGAGUCAUAUUCAGCUGAUGAGUCUCAGUAGCAGAAUCCCAAGAAAGGACUGCACAGCUUUAACCCUCUCCCACCACAUGCCCCCCCCCCAAUUGCCUCUAUGGGGGUCACGAGAAACUCUGGAAUAGGAUAUGGGGAGAGAAGAGGGGGGAUCAUUCUGUCUGAAACAAUUGUCAAGAGCUAUGUUGAAUUCCUCCUUUAGUUUUCAGGUUCUGCAAUAAUCUCAGCAAAGUACUCUUUACAGUUCAUCAGGCUGUGGGCAUAAGCAAGAAACGGAUGAACUUUAUAGUCACUACUUAAUACAAAUAGAAACAUCAAUUGCCCUAAUAGUCUAUAACCAUGAAAGUGGGAGGAAGGUGCAUGCCUUUGGAUGUGGUUUUUAAAUUAAGUGUUAAUAAAAGGAGCUAUGUUCUCUGCACGUUUUCAGUAGUACUUUAAAAAGUACUAUGAACACUUGAAAGCUGAUGUGGAAAGUAGCAGCGAUAUAUAACUUAUGGCGUUAGAAACAAGUUAGGUGGAAAUACUUUUUCUCUUUUGUUUUUUAAGGUUUGGCUUAACCAACAAGUUUGACACCGAAUUUCCCUCUGUUCUGACAGGGAAGGUAAGUCAGCACAUGUACCCCAUGUAAAUUGCAAAAAUGCUUUUCUUUCAGUCGGCUGAAUGUCUUAAAUGUUGAAAGAACUGAAAGAUCUGGUGAUCCUGACCUGUAUUCCUAUAUUUUGAGAUCCAGCCACUGAUUUUCAUGGAAUUUACAUUCAAGUUAAUGUGUUGUGGACAGAGUACCAGGUGUAGGUUUGUCUUAGUCACUUCAUCUGAUUGGAUUCAAGGUUCAUUUAGCUCGUCCCAGAAUCCUUAUUUUGUUUUAUUGCUUCUCUCUUUCAUCUAUAAUUUCCACAAAUCUUGCUUCAACUUUCUAAUGUCCGGGCACACAACUAAUACCUUGUGCAAUAGGGACCUGUACACUUUUAAAUGUAAAGUGCCUUGUACAUUUUAAGCACUAACAAAUUAUAAAUGAAGAUGCUAUCUGGAACACAUAUUAUCUUUGGUUCUGUAACUACCAUCCAUUUCAUUUUCAACACGGGCAUAAUUUAAAAUACUUAAGUUAAAGUCAGUAGCAAUUACCAUGGAACACUUUUAAUAUCAUGGAAUUCUGGAUUAUAACAAUGCCAAUACAUACUAGUUUUAGCAAUAGUAAGAUAUUGCUGAGUUAUAGCAAGUAUUGUGAAGAUAUUCUGCUGAGUGUGUUUUGUUCCUUAUAUAGUAUAUUUAAUCCUGUACCUUUACCUUUAUAUUCUAAAAAGGAUAUUUGUAGGAUUAAGAUGCAACAGAACAAUUACGUUUAAAAUCCACAUUUUAGAUUGCUGGAUUGUUUUUUAAUAUUUGAAUUCUUAUAUUAUUGAUCAUAUGUGUUAAUAAUACAAAGUAUCUUCAUAAAUAAAGAAUGUGAACAUAUUUUGUGUAAUUAUUUUUUUAAUUGAGAUAACUGGAUUGAGAUUGUGUUUUAAUUUGUACAAAAGGAAGUUUGUACGUAGGAAGCCUAUGGUUAGCUUUAAAAAGACAAGAUGAAGAAUGGGGAUAGGUCUCAAAAUAUAGGCCCUAACAAUAAAUUUUAUUUCCCUCCUCUUCAACUUUACAAUCAUUCUUUUCCCUUGGUAAAUCUUUGAGUUCUCCCCGAACCCUUGUCCCCCACUUUUUUUUUUGUUCACUUAAUUCUUUUAAUGGAUAUGUUGGAAAUCUUCUCAACAUGCAACAGAAUUGCAUGUUCAGGCAAGAAGUCUCAGUCCUAGCUUUCAGUUCUUAGUUGAUGGAUGAAAAUAUUGGUUUGUGAUAUAUGGCUUUAAAUCUGCCACUUCCUUGUCACCUGGAUCAAUCAAUAAUCCUUUAGAGGGAAAGUCCAGUUUCCUGUCCUGAUCUUAAAACAACAAGGGCUUCUGUGGGGAAAUUGGUGUCCAGUGCAAGGAGGUGUAAGUCAUAAAACAUUCCCUUCGUAUUGUAAUUUGGCACAAGGCGUGAUUGAUUGGGCUGUGAUUAUGAUGGCCAAAGAAGGGAAAGGGAGCCUGCUGGUCAUUGCUCCUUUCCUCUCUUGUAUCCUGUUGUAAAAUAUUAUGACCCUUCCCUUCACCUUUAUUCCCCUUUAUGGUGUACUGGGCCGAAAAGGAAUCUCUUAGAAUGCUGUCUGGGUGUUUGGGUUGUUUUUCCUCCAGAAAAUUUCUAAUUUCCUAAAACACUGUUUUACUGAGGACCACUAUUGUGGUCACUUGCUCCUUGAGGACCAUUACAUUUCCGUACCUUGCGACCUUUGUGUGAGAGAAUGUUUGAAAAGGAUUCCAUAAUUCACAACAUUAUCCUAAGGACUGUGGGGCUUACCGUAGCCUGCUAAAACUGUAUUUGCAGAGGGGCGGGGGGAGAGAGCUCACUUUUUACUGUGCUUAACAUUGAUUAUGAUGAUGAUAGUAAGAAUAACUGAUUUAGUAUGAAGUUGAAAUAUUUAAAUCUAUUUAUGCAGGCAAGAAACACAAGAAUACCAAAAGUGUCUGUAGAGUAACUAAAACAAAAAUGUCAUCCUUAGCGAUUACUGCAUUUUCUCACACACAAACUGGCAGUAGAGUUCUAAUUCCUGACAGCCUUUACAAUAUUUUUUUUACAAUCAAGCAGCAUAUAAAUUUUAUGAAAUAAAUAAAUCCCAGAAUUAUAUUUUCUUUUUCUACUUUCUCUCUAUAUACAUGGUUCCCAGUGUAGGUUUAUCUCUUGUUUUUCCAGGUUGCUCCGGAAGAAUUCAAGACAAGUAUCAGUCGUGUAAAUGUAUGUUUAAAGAAGAAUCUCCCUAUCAGUGUAAAAUGGCUUCUCUGUGGCUGUUUGUGCUGCUGCUGCACACUUGGCUGCAGUCUGUGGCCUGCUGUCUGUCUGAACAAAAGAGUAAGUACACAUACUAGGCUACUAGUGUCACCAGCAGCUACCUGCAGUAGCUUGAGCUCUUAAUUUCUUUAUUGCGUUUAGAUCGUUAGUUGCACAAACCUUUGUUCUUGAAUAUAUAUCAAAAUAAUUCACAUCUUUCUUGUACUGACCCUAGAACAUCUGCCCUUUUCUGUCAGCAUUUUUCUCAUUAUUUUUUCAAACAACAAGAACUCUGUUACUCUGAUUUGUAUCCAAAUGAUUAAAAUUAAUUACAACACCAUGAUAUGCAGAAUUUAUUCUUUUAAUUAAUUGAUUCAUACGUUAUUUUCUUUUGUAAACAGUCCUGUGUGACUCAUGGCCUUAAAUUCUUUACUUGCCUAUUAAGUUAUUUCUGUAGAAAUGCAAUCAAUACUUCUAGAUGCCUGAAUUUGUUCGGUGUCCUUUCAAUAAACCCUAAGUGCCUUAGUUUUGCCUUCUUGAGGCUUUCAAAGCUCUUGUCACCCAAACCUUAGCUAAUUGCUCAUAAUGCAUUCAUUGUGAUAGAGAGCAGAAGACAGCACAGGUUUGGAAAAUAAGGAAGGUACAGAAUUAUGCCUGUUUUAGGCAGAUCUCUAGGAACCUCUACUCACUAUAAAUUAGAGAAAUGAAGGUCAUAGCUAUUUCAGUAGGCCCAGUAUUAAAUCUGGUUGGUAUAUUCUUGCUUGAGUGUUAAUUCACUUCAAACCAUUUGCCACCAAGAUCACCCUGUGCACUUGUGCCAAAACUCCAAUAGUGUCGCAACUGAAUUCCAUAGGACUAUUCCAUCAGGUCAUAGAGCGGAGGGGGAGAAAAGAAGCAGGGCUAUGAUGGGAAUCUCAGGUGAGAUACCCACGCAUUGGAAGUUGCUUCCAGUACCAGUAACCACAUGUAAGCUGAGAAAGGUUCAGAUAGUUUACUGUUGCAGAAGAUAAGGCCCAGUAAAACAGUUAUGGACGUAGAUAUAUACAGCUUGUAGGUUUUUGCAGAUAGAUAUAUACAGAUGCAUACAACUACAAAGUACAGUAUCUUGGUUGAUUUAAAUAACUUGUAUUUUGCUUGCUUUAAAUAACUUUAAAUAACUUAUAACAUGUAAAGAUGUAACAGUGGACAGGUAACAUCGACAUACUAACCAACAGACAGACAGACAAACUGCAGACCUACAGGUUGACACACGGAGCUGCCAUGACAUAUCACAGAUAUAGUCAGAACACUGGCUUGUCUGACCUUGUACCUGUUAUUAGCUCAUUCAUGGAAUGAUUUACACUCAUGAAGGAAAUUAACCCCUUCUCAUUUCCAGUUACUCCACCAGGCUAUUCUGUAGCCCCUGCUAACAGGCCUUUGGCCCUCCCAUGAACUAUCACUUGGUGGGAGCCCUUCUCUCAGGCUAUCUGUACUGUUUCCAUCACAGCUGGUCUUUAUAAGAACUGUAACUUUAAGAACUGGUGCCUCACCUUCCUUUUCCCCUCCUCCUCCCUUUCCCCUUGUGUAUCAUGUCUUCAGACUGAAAGAUUAGGAUAGAAAUACUUUACAUAAUAUGGCAUAAGCCAUGGGUGGGAAGCCUGUGACUCUCCAGAUGUUGGUGGACUCCAUCUCUCCUCAGCCCCAUCCUGCAUGGACAAUGAUCAUGCAGUGAUAGGAGUUGGAGUUAGCAACAUCUGGAGGACUACAGGUUCCCCAGCACUGAUAUAAACUUAUGACUCAUAAUAUGUUUCUCGGCUGUACUACUUCAGCCUGCAGUUAGAGGUGGCAUGAGUGAAUGCUCCCUCCAGCAAAAAACUAGUCCCUAUAUAUAGAAAAUUUUCUGGAGAAGGCUUGGUUAAAAAGCUGCUCUCUUGUUUCAUAGUCCUUCCUGCACAGCCUAAGAACAUCAGACCCCUUCUGGAUCAGGCCCAAGGUGGAUCUGGUCCAGCAUUCUGCUCUCACAGUGGCUAGCCAUAUUCCUAUGGGAAGCCCACAAGCAAGAUAUGAGUGCAAUAGCACUCUUCUGCUCUUGUUCCCUAGCAAUAUGACUAGGAACAAGUAUAUAGUGAACAUUCAAUAAUAUAGUUUCCCCACUGUCAUCUAUCUUGAAUUGGAACAGUCCAGAUAUACUUUUUACUUUGGGGCUAGACACUAAUGAUCAUCAAAAUUCCUGACCCCUGUGCAACUUCUGUAAAUACUGCAAGCAGUCUGGUCAUGUAUUUCAUUUUAUAUUAAUUUUUAUUGCUUGCUUGCUUGCUUGAAUUUAUAUACCUUCCUAUACCCUGAAGUCUCAGGAUGGUUCACAGGACAAAAUAUAUAAGAAUGGCCUUGCUGGAUGAGACCAAAGGCCAAUCUAGUCUUUCCCAUGGUGACUAAUCAGAUGCCUUUAGGAAGCCCACAAACAGGGUAUGAGCACAACAACACUUUCCCCUCUUGUUCUUCACAGCAAACAGUGUUCAAUGCGGACUAUAUCGAAACUGGAGAAGACUGUAUGUCUUUCAUUCUGUUGUGUUCUCCUUCAUCCUAUCUUAUUUGUGUAGAGCCAAAGAGAUGAGAGAUCCUUUGCAGAAGUCCUUGUCAAUUGCAACAGACACAUGGGCCAGUUUUAUGGGCCAUAUUUAAGGAAACUGAUUGAAUCCAUAUUCUAACGCUAUUUUGGUCAUCUUUCCUAGACUAGAAGAUCAAUUGAGAAGUUGUUAGAAUGGGAAAAUAACAGACUAUAUCAUAAGGUAAGAAGGGAAGUGGCUGCUUUAAUCAUGGUGGAGUGUUUCAGGGCUUUUUCAGUUUUAUUGUGAAUACAUUUAUUAUAAGCAAGUAGUAUGCAAUUAACAAAGACACAUCGCUGGAUUAAAGAUGCUUCUGUAUUGCUUAUGUGCCCCAGUUUUAGCCUUACAAAUGCUAAUAUCCCAAAUGGACAGAUAAAAUAACUAUACACACAGAUAGUCAUGUUACAUUAUGCAAAAUAUUAUGCUCCCAUUAAGGUAAUGCUAAACAUUAUAUUACUUUCCUAGCUUGGUUUGCACUGGAAGUUGAGUAAAAGGAAAUGCGAAACUAGCAAUAUGGUGGAGUAUGUAAGUACUUUAUACUUCUCUGUUAACAGAUUGUUGGUUACAAAGGUGUUUCCCUAUUUUUCUGACUGAUUUGUCAAUUAAUUGCUCGUACUUUGAACAAAACACUCUUGGCUCUUCUGUUCUGUGCACACUAAUUUGGGAAUAAGCCUCACUGAAAUCUGUAGGAAAUCCUUCUAAGUAAACCUGGAUAGGAUUGGUUAUGUAUCCGUCUGUGUAAUUCACUGGGGCACUCUCUUUUCUAAAAAGUCUGUCUUAUUUCAACAUUUGGAGAAAGUAGCAUUGGGAAGAAUGGUUAAUAUGAAACAGUGGUACCUUGGGUUAAGAACUUAAUUCGUUCUGGAGGUCCGUUCUUAACCUGAAACUGUUCUUAACCUGAGGUACCACUUUAGCUAAUGGGGCCUGCCACUACAGCCGCCGUGUGAUUUCUGUUCUCAUCCUGAGGUAAAGUUCUUAAGCUGAGGUACUACUUCUGGGUUAGCGGAAUCUGUAACCUGAAGCGUCUGUAACCCAAGUUACCACUGUAUUGUGCUUCCAAGCUGUAGUUUCAGUCCAGUUCCUUGCCUCCAGUUACUCAUGUGGUGCAAAUUAGAUAGGUGGGAAAGAGCUGUCCCUCUCCUCUCCUCUCCUCUCCUCUCCUCUCCUCUCCUCUCCUCUCCUCUCCCCUCCCCUCUACCCCCCCCCGUCUCCUUUCCUUUCUGUUCAUUCCAUAUAUGUUGGUUUCAUCUGUUACAUGCUGUUUUGGACUUCCACAUUUUUGGCACUGGGUCCUCAUGCUGCUAAUGGUGCAGAUUGAUUUUCUUCUGAAGUUGUCUGUUCGUCCUGUGGAUAUCAUGAAUCUACAUUUACCUUUGUCGCCGUUGUCAUCCCCACCUCCCAUCCUUAGCCAUUCUGGUUCAUAUAUAUAUUUAAGUAAAUGUGGUCAUCUUCGGUCCUGAGGUGAUGCAGAUUGGCCCAUCAGACCUUUUUAAAAUAACAGAUUUCAGCUGUGGCUCUUAAGCAAGCUGGUUGUAGCAACAAGGUAUUAGCCAUGUACCUUCCAUUACAAAGUCUAUAUCUUUUGAAUUUUACAGAACCGUAUUGGAAUUUCUGAACAUUUGAGACUGAGAGUGCUGUGGCACUCAGGGAAUUUUCAGUUACAUGCAUAUAUGUGCAGACCUUUAGCUCAGAUUCCCAUAGCCUUUAGUGCUGAAUUAUUCACCUCCUCCUGGAUUAGUUAGGACCUCUGCAUGUGUUUAGGGGCGUAACUUGUUCAGGAAAGGUUUCAGAUUGGCAGAGUCACCUGUUGUAACCAACCCUGUACUUGCUCACUGGUGACAUGCAUGAGCAGUGGGAAGAGAGGAGGUUGUGCACGGUGCCACAGUGGCUGCCACGUUUGUGAACAGGGAAGUUUCAAGCUUCCCUUUUUACGGACUUGCCACAUUGUCGCAGAAGCUUCAUUUCCCACAUUGCACUGAUCAUUCAAGUGCUGUAUAAGGCAACAAAACUGCUGAUAACUCUGCUCUUUGUUGGUGGGUGCCACUUGAGGAAUAAACAACCGGAAAGCAGCUGUAACUCAGAAGAUGAAAACUGCCAAGUUAGAUUCAGUGAAAAAGCACCUUCAGUAUCCACUAGGGGGAGCAAGGUCUGAAAUACAGUAGUACCUCAGGUUAAGUACUUAAUUCGUUCCGGAGGUCCGUUCUUAACCUGAAACUGUUCUUAACCUGAAGCACCACUUUAGCUAAUGGGGCCUCCUGCUGCCGCCGCGCUGCCCGAGCAUGAUUUCUGUUCUCAUCCUGAAGCAAAGUUCUUAACCUGAAGCACUAUGUAACCCGAGGUACCACUGUAUUGUCAAUUGGGUACACUUCACCGUGGGCCUUAGCACCCAACAGCCUUAGCACAGUCAGUAUAGAAGAGUUGAAUUAAAUGGGCCAGUGAUUGAUUUGGUAUAAAGUACUGUCCAUGAUUUUACCCAACAUAUUUAAUUAUUUGUAGCUUACCUAAUAUUCUGUAUGCUAAUGAGCUGAAUGUAUUGGUUAAUAUAUGUUUGUGUUUUUUCCCCUUCUAUAGGUAAUACUAAUAGAAUUCUUACCAAAAUAUCCCAUAUUUCGACCUGACUGAGGAGCAGUAUUACCUUUCAUGUUAUCUGUCGUUUCCUACCUGUAGUGCCUUGUAGGGGAUGUUGGAGAGAAGAUGGUCUACUUUUCUGUGAUUUUUAAACACAAAGGUGUUCUUUAGUAGAGUAGCUUCAUUGCUAUGUUACUUUCUUUUGUUUUAAGAAGAAAACAAUUUGCACAUUUUUAAUGUUAAAUAAUCAGGCUUUUGUGUGUACCCUGAAUUAUUAUUUUAAACUUCUUUAAUGAUGCAGAGUUGUCACUACAGAUAUAAUAGCCACUAUUGAUAUAGAAUCAGUGCUGCUUGUAGCCUUUUUUGAGCAUGCUGCCUUAUGAAUUUUGAAAUCCAUCUGUUUUCCAAACAUACAUCCUUCUGAUGCGGUACAUCAUUUUCACACUACCUUAAAUUCUUGACAGAAACAACCAAGGUUAGCUUUCAGUAACUAUUAAUACAGUUUUGAUAAUCCAGUUGUAUAAGACUUGCAAUGAACAGCAGAACUGGUUUUGUCCUGCCCUUGCAAAGCUGCUCAUUUUACAUUGUGGAAGCAGGGUGAGGGUUCAUUUGCAAUAUAGACAACGGGUCUAUAAAUAUUGCCUUGUUGUAUAAUGUUAAGUGUGAUACUACAUGAAGGUUUACAAAAUGUAAUAUAAUUCCUAUUGUUUUACAUUUAUGUUCUACAUAGAUUUAUUAUGAAUUAUGUCUGUAAGCAUUCUUCUGAUUGUAUGACCCAUUAGUGUGCCAUACUAUGAAGCCAAUAAUGGGUUUGUCCAUACUACCAAAAGUCCCUCUCAGGUGCACUUUGUUAGUAAAUGAAUGUGAAAAUGUAUCACAUUUAUAAAGGUAUUAUUGCAACACCUGUAUAUCUCCAAGGAGUCACAAACCCAAUGGGAUUAUUGGCUUGAAAUUCUUCCACAGCAUGCCUCUUAGCUUCCAUUGAUUGAAACUGGGGAAACUUUCAAAUGCAUUUUAUGAUAUGGCACUGGGGUGAGUGUCUGCUUUCAUGGAGAGAACAUCAAAAAUCCCCCUGAGUAUGGUCUACUCUAAAGUUGCAAUCCUAACUCCACUUACCAUUGAAACCUCAUUGGAUUCAAUGGGAGUUAUCUUUGAGCAGACAUUGUAGUGAGUAGGAUUGGAGUCUACAUUAUGUUUUAAGGACUGUGGCAGAACUGAAAUACAGUAAAGAAAAUAAAUUUUUAGCAGAGUUGUACUUGGGUAUUCUCUUAUAAUAUUAUUUUGUUCAACAUAACAUGAUUCAUCCUUCUAUGAAGACUAUCCCUCUAAAAAAGUUAGAAGAAUCUGGGUAAGCUGUACUACUGAAAUAGCAUGGCAGAUCUGGAAGCCACCAGGUUCCUCUAUUUCAAUAACUUACUCUUUGAAUAAUUAUAUGUACAAGACAUGCACUCAGCUUGUCUAUGAUUCUAUGAAUAUCUCUGAAUAUCUCUCUGUCCAGUGGACUGAAUAAUACUGAGCACAAAAGGCCACUUAUACCUGAAAAGCCUCUAAUGAGUGCAGGGUAGGAUUCAAGAAUUGGGAAGCCAAAAAUUCAUCAGAAAUAUUUCUUUGAUGAAUAUGUUAGCUUUGACUCUGGAAUGUUUGGUUUACAUGUAUUUUCACACUACAUAUUCCAGUUUUACCCCAGUUAUGUUGCUAUAAUUGUGACUAAAAUGGGGUCGGAAGGUGCCUGCAAUUUUAUGUUGCUUGCUUGUGGCUCUGCUGUAACAGCGGUGAUGAAAAAAGCAAGACCACCAUCAUGAGCCUUUCAUUGCAGCUUCUUGUGCAGACCAGAGCUCCUGUUUCAUCAAGAACGUGCAUGCAUCUAUGUAUGCAUAUACCACUUGCAUGUUUAGGGUUGCCCAUUCGGUAGAAUGUUGGAGCCAUUGCUUACUUGGAGCUCUAUGCAUGUACUAGAGUGCCUGUGGAAUCCUUAAUAUCAUGGACUUGAACAGGGUGCUCCUUAGUAUGCUUUACACUGCACAGCUGCGAAAGCAAGGGAUUCUAAGGUAUGUGGUAUAACUUGAACCUUGAAAUAUUUAGUGAUGCCCAGGCUUCUGGCUCCGGGAGGAAAUUCCUGAUGGCAAGAGCUAUCCAGUUGGAUUUUAAAAUGGAACACUGAGUAUUAAAAAUGGAAUAUCAGUUAAAUAGAACUUUUGAGGUGCUGCUUGCUACUUAGACCUUUUUAUUACUCAGUGUAGGUAUUUCACAUUCUGUUAAAAUGUUCAUGGUAUUGAACAGAGGAGUAUUGGAAAGCAGAAUGAAUAUUUGAAUAGCCAAAUAAUGUGGCACAGUGUGAAAUGCAGUGUAGUGUUUUUCCAUUCAUUAUAAAGGGUGUUGAGAGUUUUGUACAGUAUUGCCAAAAAGAGUAACUCUAAAUAUUGUUUCUUGCUUGAUAUAACUGAAGCUUCUUAUGCUACAGUGCAUUAACUGUCACAUUCGAAUAUCACAGAAUAGCCCAAACCCCACAAAUCUUACUAUUAUUCCCCUCCCCCUGUGAGUUUUUCUUUGGAUAGUUUCUUAGCACCGAGAAGAUUUGAGUGUGUGUUUGACACUCUUUGUAAUGAAUUCUGAAUGCUAUCCAUGUGUCUUUUUAGAUUCAUGUUAUUUCUUUGCUCAGUGGUUACAGUGGGAUUCUCACCCCACCCCAUUCAUGCUUCAAAUAAUCAUAACACUCUGCCAGGCAUGGAGCUUUUUCAUUUUGGUAGUAUGUCUUAAAUUAAGACUUGUACAAAAACACCUCCACCUUCCCAUUCUGAUCAUAUAUGUAGAAGCUAAUUCCAUAGACACUAGUGUGACUUGUUUCCAAUUAACCUUUCUUUUCCUCUUUUGUAGGAUUAGGUUACAAAUCUUCCAAGUCUCAGUUAGUUUAAAAGCUCAGUUGAAUUCCAAAGUUUGUCUGACAAAGGGUCCAUAUGUGUUACCUGUUAGGUGUACAAGAGCCAAAUGUUUGUUAAUUCAAUUUCUAAUGAAAAAAAUAUGGCCCAACAGUGUUGCUACUAAUAGUAGCAUGCAGAAUUUUGUUGAUUCAAAUAAUGUAAGUAUUGCAUUUUUACAGAUGUAAAAUACUACCCAAUUCAUCCUAUUUGGGGUAGUAUUUGAGGCAUGUGUACACAGUGUGAGCCUCCCCCCUUCCUCUUGUCCUCAUACUGAUUCAACAGCAAUGAAAUGUUAUGAGGAAUGGGGAUGUCAGCCCUUUCAGUUUUCAGUAAGCUGCAGGAGCUUUGUGUAAAGUUACAAAGAUUGCCCCAAACCUUACUUCCUCUUCACCUUCAGAUUGCUCUAGGAUUGAGGGUUCCACAAGGGGAGCCAAGAUGCAGCCCGUGGAUGAUUUUCCCACCCCCAUCCUUAUUACUGUCCACCUCUCCCUUCCAACACUUGAGAACAUUGAAUUCAAUACCCAUGAAUGUGGAAGACUUUACUUGGCUCAUGAUCUGGUCAUCUUUUUCUUAAUAUCCAAAUGUUUGUAAGAUAGAACCACGUAGCCUUCAGCCUGAAAGUAAAUUAUAUUUGGGGUAGUAUUCAACUCCAGCCGUACUCAGAGUAGACCCAGUGAAAUUAAGGGAUAUGACUAAUGGGUUCAUUAAUUUCAGUGGGUCUACUUUGAGUAGGAUUGUGAGGACAGAAUACCACCCCUGGAGUCUAAUUCUGUAAAAACCCAAGUUCUGCUCAAGCUGUUCUGCUAUUCUGAGUUAAUGUAAGCACCACCUGAGAGGUGCAUCCCAGUAUACUCAGUGGCUUUACAGAUGAUUCUGUGGAGCAUCUCCUUGGUUUUCACAUUCCCUACUGUGUUUUCAGCAUUCCCUAGUGCUGUUUCGAGUGCUUUACAUCUUGAAUUGGUUGCUCCUUCCAUGCUGCCUCUUUAGCUGAUUUUUUUGUGCAGUUGGGCCAUCCCCACGACAGAAGCUCCUCUUUUCUUUUUCAUAACCUGUAACAGUCAAGUAGAUCUACAGCAGAGAUGGGAAACUUGUAGGCCUUCAGAAGUUGGACUCCCAACACCUGUUAGUCCCAGCCAGCAUGGCCAAUGAUGGGAGCUGUGGUCCCAGUAACAUAUGGAAGGCUGCAGGUUUACCCAUCUCUGAUCUAUAGUAACAUGCCCAAGUAGUGGAAGAGGAAGUGCCUUGAACAUUUCAGAUGUACAGAGCUAUAUACAUAAAGCUAUGGAAUUUCAUUGGCAAACUGGAAAACCCAAGCUAAACGCUGUCACUGAUUUUAUGCUGUUGUUCCCUACAAGGUUUAAAGCCAUUUUGUAUGGUAUAGGAGAGGUGGUAGAAUUCCAUAGGUGAGGAGUGUCCUGCAUAUGAACGCUGUUCCAAAUUAUAAGUAACAAAGCUUUCUGCAUGUACUAAACCAGAACCACAGGGGGUGGGACACACUAAACUUUCUCCUUGAUGCACUAUUUUACUACAUGUACGGGUUCUUUUAAUUUGGGAGAGCAUUCAUAUAUUGGAUACUGCACACCUGCAGACUUCUGGUACAGUCCAGAAGUGUACCACCUUAUUUUGUAUAUAAUAUGUAUACUGGUUGUUCAUUUUGCAUCAGUAUUGCAGAACUGGGAGGCUCUGCCCCACCCCAAACUGUGGAAUGUAUUAUAGAUAUCCUAUGUUAAGUCACACUUGAAACCGACCCAUUGAAAAACCAUUGAUUUCAGUGGGUCUGUUCCUGAAUAUGACUAACACUGAUAAAUUCAAAAAUCCAUUUUCUUGUCCUGAUUUAAGAUUCAAAAGUCUACAUGCUCAACUGUGAAUAUUGCAUUUUAGUGUCCUGAAAAUGACUGAUCACUUCCACUUGAAAACACUAGCAUUGAGCAAUAAGGGGAGGGGGUCAGUGGGUUGAUACAUGGUGUAAAUAAUUUUACCAUUUUAGUAAACAACAUUGCAUUAAAAUAUGUUCACAUUCUGUAAUUUUGUGAAUUUUUUGUUUAUAAUUAUUCGUAACUCAUGAAACUUGUUAAACUGUAUGCAUUUUAAUUAAGUCCUCAAUACUUCUAUUCAGUUUACGAAUUAACAGCCACUUUUUAAAUAGGAUGAUCUCAUGCCUUGAAGUUUUUAAAAUAAAAAACUAAUUAAGCUUU